AGGAAAAGGGAAGGAAAGUAAAGGAAAAGGGUAGACAAAGGAAUCACCAAAUAGUCGGCGUCCAUCCGCCGACCAAUCAUCACAUCCCUAUCAUUACCCACCACCUUCUCUCUGAAAUCCUAUCUCAUCUCGAUUAUAUAUAUGCAAAUACUCGUUAGAAUAUUUUCCGAUUUUUUAGUUCUUUUUUUUUUUCCCUUAAUCUUUUGCGGGUUUUUGUUUCUUCCGUUAAUUUUUUUUACAGAAAUCGGAAGAUGGUUUAAGCUUAGAUAGAGCAUAGUUUAUUUCACAAGGCUUUGGUUUUCUUUAAUUGAUUUGAUCUAACCCUUUUUUUGUUCACUCGGCUUUUGUUUAUUUUGUUCAAUUUUAAUAUGGGAUGUCUAAUUGUUGAGUCAACUCAGUCUCAGACGCGGACUGAAGAAACCAUAACUGAAAAUGGUUCAAAGGAUAAGAAAAAGAAUCGUCGAUCCAGACGAUCCAAGCGAAAUUCCUCUCUCUCUGCUAGUAGCUCAGUAAGUCAAAUACACAUUGGUGAAUCGUGUCCUGCGGAAGGAGAUUCCUCACUGAAUCGAAUGAGCUCUGAUGAGCAUCAUCAACUGCCACAAGCAUCUAAUGCUGCAGGGUUCAAAUCUAUGCCAACAAUGGAUGUUAAUGAACAAACUGCAGAUGAAAUUUUGCAGAAUCUGCCAGCACUUACGCCCAAUAUUAAUGGAGAACUAUUAUCUAAUUCAUGCCAUGAUCCGGCUGUCAAAGAAGAGCCUACAGGACCUGUUCUUUUGGCCCGUCCCAAUAUUUGUCAGAUUCAGCAAAAACAUUACCCUGCACACUGGUCUGCUGAAGCUGUUGCUGAAGCAUUAGAGAGAGGAGAUGCAUUUAAAGCAUUAUUUCGUGUAAAUGCUCACAACAGACUUGAGGCCUACUGCAAAAUUGAUGGAGUGCAAACGGACGUUCUCAUUAGUGGAUUGGUGGAUCAAAAUCGAGCUGUUGAAGGAGACACAGUCGCUAUUGUCAUUGAUCCUCCAUCACUGUGGACUAAAAUGAAAGGGUUUAAUGAAAAUGCCAAUCAUUCUGCAUUGAUUGAUGAUCGUGCAUGUCGACCUGAAGCUGUUGAAUUUGCCCGGGGUAGUUCCAAAGGGAAAAGCAAGUUAGAUCCUGUGGAUGAUUAUGAUUGUUCUAGGAAUUAUUCAGUUUCAGCUGAGAAGAGAAGUUAUUAUGAUAAUGAGAGUUUAGUUGGAGAAAUAGCUCACUUAGAACCAACAGAAGUUUCAGAGAAUUGUUACAUAAAUGGAUAUCAUCCAUCUACAUCUCAUUCAUCUAGAGUAGAUUAUUCUGUUAGUGUGAGUGAUGAUGGAAAUGCAGUAGAGAAGUUGUCUGCUGUGGUGAGUUCAUUUUCAUCAAAACGACCAACUGGUAGAGUUGUGGCUGUUAUUGAAAGCUCUCUCCGACGGGACACGGUUGUUGGUUUCCUAAGUGUGAAGCAGUCUAUUUACAGCAGGGAGAGUAACAAAAAAGAGUCUAGGAAGAAUAAACAUCGAUUAACUGCUUUAAAUCGUGGAUACAUCAUGUUAACUCCGAACGAUCCCAAAUUUACUAAAAUGACGGUCCCUGUGAAAGACCUUCCAGAAUGCAUCAAGAAGCGAUUGGAUUCUGGAGAUGCAACAGUUGAAAUGGACCUUGUAGCUGCACGAAUUGUUAACUGGGGUGAAGAAAGUUAUAUUCCAGAAGCUCACGUGAUACACAUGUUUGGAAGAGGUAGUGACGUAGAAGCACAGAUUGCUGCUAUUUUAUUUGAAAAUUCAAUUGACCCUUCUGAGUUUUCUUCUGAAGCACUUUCCUGCCUUCCUCACAUUCCUUGGAAGGUACCAGUGGAGGAAUUACAGAAAAGAAGAGAUUUGAGAAAUUUAUGUGUUUUUACCAUUGACCCUGCGACUGCCACCGAUCUUGAUGAUGCACUAUCGGUUGAAGGGUUAUCUGACGGCGUUUUCAGAGUAGGGGUCCACAUAGCUGAUGCUUCGUAUUUUGUGCUACCUGACACAGCUUUAGAUAUUGAUGCUCAAAUCAGGUCAACAAGUGUUUACCUGUUGCGGAGUAAAUUGCCAAUGUUGCCCUCAUUGCUUUCAGAGAAUCUAUGUUCACUUAACCCUGGAGCAGACAGACUGGCCUUCUCUAUUUUUUGGGACAUCGAUCCUGCUGGAGAGGUCCUAGAUCGCUGGAUAGGCCGCACAAUCAUAAAGUCUUGCUGCAAGCUCUCUCACGAACAUGCUCAGGAGAUCAUUGAUGGGGCAUUUGAUAUUCAUAAUUCUAUUUCUAUAGGAAAUCACUGGCCUCAGUUACAUGGCCAAUUUGAAUGGUUAGAUGUAAUUGGAUCUGUUAAAAGCCUACAUGAGAUUUCAAAAGUCUUAAAGGAGAAUAGAUUUACUAGUGGGGCCCUGUCACUUGAAAGCCCUAAAGUGGAUUUCAUAUUUGAUGAAGAUGGCGUUCCCUAUGAUAGUGUGUUCUCAGAACAGCAGGAGUCGAACUUCCUUGUGGAGGAGUUCAUGCUUUUGGCCAAUAGAACGGCUGCAGAAGUAAUAACACGAGCUUAUCCUACUAGUGCCCUGUUGAGAAGGCACCCUGAACCUAAUGUACGUAAACUCAAAGAGUUCGAAAUGUUUUGCAACAAACAUGGACUACAUUUGGAUAUUUCCUCUUGUGACCACCUUCAUCAUUCGUUGGAGCAUAUAAAGCGAGAGCUUGAAUAUGACUCUGUGCUGUUUGAUAUUCUGAUGUCUUAUGCUGCAAGGCCAAUGCAAUUGGCUGCAUACUUCUGCAGCGGUGAUUUCAACUAUGCUAAUGGGGGUUGGGGUCACUAUGCCCUUGCCAUACCUCUUUACACUCACUUCACUUCUCCAAUACGUCGAUAUCCAGAUAUUAUAGUGCAUCGCACACUUGCUGCAACUAUAGAAGCUGAAGAGAUGUACUGGAAACAAAGGAUGCUCCAAAAACCGAAAGGAGAGGAUGCUGUAAUCCGAUGUUUUACCAGUAUAUGUGUUGACAAAGAUACCAUGGAAUCACCUGAAGCUCAAGCAGCUUUAUCUGCUGCAGCUGCAAAGCACGGGGUUCCAGGUACUGAAAUCCUUACUGAUCUAGCUGGUCAUUGUAAUGAGAGGAAGCUGGCUAGCAGGCGUGUGAAGGAUGCUUUGCAUAAACUCUGCAUGUGGAAUCUGUUGAAAAAGAAAGAGAUACUGUUUUCAGAGGCCAGAGUUUUGGGUCUUGGACCAAAGUUUAUGUCAAUAUAUAUUCUUAAGCUAGCUAUUGAACGGCGUAUAUAUUAUGAUGAAGUUGAAGGUCUGAAAGUGGAAUGGCUUGAAAAUACAUCAGCGUUGGUGCUCACUCAGUUUCUAAAUAAACGGUCCAAUAAAAGGAGUAGCCCCAGCAAGUUUAGGCCACUCAAUGAAGUAGCUUUGAUCACUGAUCCACGUGAUUUGAAGCUGGAAAUGGAUUUGUCUGAAUGGGAUGAUAAAGAGGAUGGAGAGUCACAAUUAGACGGGGAGAUUCUUAAAUCAGAUGUUUCAGGCAUAAUUAAUGUUGAACCUGCUGUUUUCCCUCUCACUGUUCGACUUCUAUCAACAAUUCCUGUUGUGCUUCAUGCUGUUGGGGGUGAUGACGGGCCCCUUGAUAUCGGGACAAGAUUGUAUAUUAGUUCAUAUCUGUAGUAAUGUCAGGAUUUUGAAUACUUGCACGUGUUCCAUGUGGACGACAUCUAGGAAGAUGGUGAAAGAUUUCUAUUGUCUAACAUGGAUGUGUAGGUAGGGUCGUGUAUAGGUUUAGUAGAGUUUCCAGGUAACUGGGGUCAGAUUUGAUGAUGCAUUAAGAAAGUGCUUAAUGCUGGAUGGUUAUCUGAUGAGUUGUAGAUAAGGGAGUUUGUCUGGUCUGUUGUGCAGCGGCUGUUUUUAGAUAAAAGCUACUUGUGGGAAUAAGGGCUUGUUUUUGUUGGCCACUUCGUUCCAUAUAACUUGGUUAACUGCAAACUUCGUUUCGGUGCUUAUCUUUGGAGCCAAAGUUCUUAUGUUUCGACUGCCACUUUUACUGAAUUGUAAGCUAAUAGGAUUGGGUGUUCCCGAACUGAGAUUCUGUUGAAUCCUGGUCAUGAAGGCUGUAAUUUUCUGAUGGUUUUAGUGUGCAUUGUAAUUGUCUCUCCCUUUGGUUAUAGUUUAAGCAUGUUUGAUAAUACGGACGAGACAUUAAUAAAAAGGACGUUAAAAUCUUGUUAAU